AUGGGCUGCGGAGGGAGCCGCGCCGAUGCCAUCGAGCCGCGCUACUACGAGAGCUGGACGCGGGAGACCGAGUCCACUUGGCUGACCAACACCGAUGCCGAGCCCCAGCCGCCGCCGCCGCCGCCGCUUCCCGCCAUCGGCCCGGAGAGCGACAGCACCGAGCCUGGCCCGAGGAAUCCCGGGAUUUUGGAAGAUAGCAAAUCAACUCAGACAUGUGUUGCAAAGUCUUCAACUUCAAGUGGAAUAGCUAGUGCUGAAAAGAGAGCUCACUAUGGAAAACUGGCUGUUCAUACCACUGGAACUUCCACACAGAAGCAACAGAACGGCUUUAGAACCACAGAGGCUAAAUGGGACAACAAGAAAAAAGCCACAAAAGAAAUCACUAUUAAUGCCACCAAAACAAUCAGACAAAUCAAUAGCAACAGAAGAAUGACAAAUAACUGUGUCAAUUAAAAGAAAAAGGAGAGGGUGAAUGAACUCUGCAAUAUUUUGCUGCACUUUAACUGAUUAGUUAAUGUGAAGAUCAAGGUAUUUAGUUUUACGCUGAAUGUGGUGGCCAGCUGCUGCUGAGUGCCUUUGGAAAAAACUGUUGACGUCUUAGCUCUUCACUUCUGCCACCACUGGAUGCUUAGACACUUUUUUUGUUCUGUAUUGCCACUUUGGUGAGGCUGGGACAGCAAUUAGCACAUACUGCUUUGCUUUUUUACAUUUAAGUAAUUUCAUAUAAAUAAGAAUGUAAAUCAAAAUAUUUCAGAAACACUCAAAGCAACCCCUUUGGAAAUUGCAUUUGUAAUACCUACUUUUAGGUACAUCGAAGCUGAGAGGUCAAACAAUCAUUCUGUAGCAGCCACUUUAAUUCAGUUUGCAUAUCAAAUGUUUAGCAUCCCAACCCUAAAUAUUUUCACAGCAAUUACUGUAUACAGGGUGGCACAUUCUGUUAUUUACCUCAACGGCAUGCUCGGUGAGUAAUGUAAUAGUGGUCUGAUUUGUUAUAUCAUGUGAGAGUGCCACAAUUAUUAUACAUGACUUGCUACUGCAUAACAUAUUGGAUGUCCAAGGUUUGUAUCAGUAUAGAUAAUUCUGUGGUAGCUGAAAAGCACCUAAGGUUAUUGUAGCCCAUGUUUGCCCACUUCUGUACCCUAUGGGCGCUUUGCACUGCACUGUUACCACUGGAAAUUGUGUCUGCUUUUUCUUUACUGGAAUCAGUCCACUCAGCUGAAAUAAUAUCGCUUAUAGGAGAUACACAAUUCAAUAAGUCAUUAAGUUAUACACCACUUAUUUG